AUGGUAUAAAUCUAUACCCCUUAAAUUCUUAUUUCUUGUCAUUAAAAUGGAGAUAUAAUUUUCUAUGAUUCUUCAAAAGGAAUAUAAAUAGACCUUAUUGUAAAAAAAAAUUAUAAUAACUAGUAAUGCUUGCAACUAGAGAGAUUUUAUGAUAAUAAAAUUAUUGCCUUAAUGAAUUAAUCGAUAUACCUCAUCGAUCCAGUUUCAUAAAUAACAUUAAACUAACUGACUAAUUUAACAAAUAUUGUUCAAAUAGUUACAAAUUAUGAUAAAUUAGCAAUAAAUUAUAAUAAUUGCAUUUAAAUAUUUUCUUCCUAACUAGUUAGUUUAUUUUUAUAGUGCUAGAAUGAAUUUUCAAGUAAUAAUUUUAAUAUGUCUUUAAGUAAUAACCUAUAAUUAAUAAUUUAGAAAUCUCAACAAAUAUCUGUUUACUAAAUAGAUCUAAAUCAAUAAUAACCAAUUUUAUUAUCAACUAUUUCUACUGUAAGUACAAUUUAAUAUAUUAACUUUAUACUUAACUAUACUUCUGACUAAAACAUUAUUAUUAACAACUAUUUUGUAGAUGAGAUUGUUAUUUUUGAUAAUUAAAGAAGUUUCUGGAUUUAUAAUUCAUCACUUAAUUUAGUCCAUGUUGUGAAUAAUAUUUAAUUAAAAGCAGCAAUUAUAGCAAAAAGAGUUGUUAACGACUAAUUAGUUUAUUUUUUAGCAGGUUAUGCAAUUUAGUAAGGUUUCUAUACUACCUUUUUGAUUUCUAAAUAAUAUAAUAAACCAUUUAUGUUUGGUAUAAGUAAUGUAUAUUUUCCUUAAUUGGAGGAACCUUAAAAAGCAAUUAAUAGUUAUGGAUAUACAUUUUAUAAAGUUAAGAGAGCCUUAGUUAAUUAAUUAAAUACUUUACUUAAAGAGUAUGAGAUAGAUAUUUAAAGAAAUAUUACCUAUGUAAGUGGGCAUGAAUAUUUAUAUCAAGAUUAUGGAGUUACUUAUAUAAAAGAUGCAGUGGGAUAAAAAUUAAAUUAAGUUAACUAUUUUGGAACUAAAUCUGGGUUAAUUUUCAGUAGUAAGAAUUCAAAAAGUAGAUAUUAAAAACUCUCAACUGAAAAAAUUCUAAAAUCCAAUAAUGACCAAAUACAAGAAAUAAUACACAGUGCAUAAAUUGGUAUAGUAAUUAAAUCCAAAACUAUGGACUGA